AUGGAGGCGAUCAUCGUCGGAUUGGGGGUGAACUACGCGGCCUCACUUGCAAUCACUUUUACAAACAAGUGGAUUCUCACAAAUCUGCCUCUUCCAUCGGUCGCACUUGUUUGUUAUCACUUUGCAUGCACGUUUAUUGCCCUGUAUGCUCUGCAGCUUCUCGGCGUUUUUGCCCCAAAGCAUGUGCCCGCGAAAAAGAUUCUUCCACUCUCUCUCACUUUCUGUGGCUCAGUGGUCCUCACAAAUUUAUCCCUCAAAUACAACACGAUCGGCACUUAUCAAGUCCUAAAAUGCCUCGCCGAUCCGCUUUUCAUCGUGAUCCAAACAGUUUUCUACGAAAAGCGAUUUUCUCGUGCAAUAAAGCUAACCAUGGUGCCCAUGAUCGCUGGAAUUGUCAUUAAUUCCGCGAACGAUUUGAUGUUCAGCAAAAAUGGAACUAUCGCGGCUCUGGCAGCAGUGCUGGUCACUUCUGUCUACACUGUGUGGGUUCGCGAAAAACAAGAAGAACUCAAUUUGACCCCAAUGCAAAUACUCUAUUAUCAAGCGCCGCAGAGCUGUAUUCUCCUUCUCCCUGUUCUUUUUCUCGAGCUGGUUCUUUCUGGCUCUGAAAUUUCCCUCUCGACCUUUAUCCCAAGCGACGAUUUAACAAAAGGAAUGAUGUUGGUAAACGGCCUUUCCGCCUUCACGGUCAACCUUUUGACGUACUGGAUUAUCCGUCACACAUCAGUGAUAACUUACGCAACAUUUGGAAAAUUAAAACUCUGCACAACCAUGCUCAUUGGCUUCAUCAAGUUCAACGACCCGCUAGAUACCUACCAGCUGUUCGGGAUAAUUCUCACCAUGCUCGGCGUUUUUCUCUACACACUGCUCAAGCUGAAUAUAUUCAACCACUUCAAAAUGAGUUACUCGAAAAUGAUCAAUUCCAAUCACCAAGUCUGA